AUGUCUUCCGUGGUGCUGGCCACGGCCGGCUACGACCAGACCAUCAAGUUCUGGGAGGCCACGAGCGGCAUCUGCUACCGCACCCUGCAGCACACCGAGUCCCACGUCAACAAGCUGGAGAUCACCUCGGACAAGAAGCUCCUGGCGGCCGCGGGCAACCCGCUGAUCCGCCUCUUCGAGGUGCACUCCGCCACCAACCAGCCUGUGGGCCAGUACGAGACCCACACGGGCAACGUCACGGCCGUGGGCUUCCAGAAGGACAACAAGUGGAUGUUCAGCGGCUCGGAGGACGGCACGAUCAAGAUCUGGGACCUGCGGGCGGCGGGCUGCCAGAGGAACAUGGAGUGCCGGGCGGCGGUGAACACGGUGGUGCUGCACCCGAACCAGGGGGAGCUCAUAUCCGGGGACCAGCUGGGCAUGAUCCGGGUGUGGGACCUCACAACCGGCAGGUACACCUGCGAGCUGGUGCCCGAGGUGGGCGCUCCCUUGCGCUCCAUCGCCGUGGCGAUGGACGGCAGCCUGCUGGUGGCGGCCAACAACAGCGGCGUGUGCUAUGUUUGGCGCAUGAUCCGCAGCAACACCUACACGGCGCGCUUCGAGCCCCUGCACAAGCUGGCCGCCCACCCGGGCAGCUACGUGCUCAAGGCACUGAUCAGCCCCGAUGUGCACCACCUGGCCACCGUCUCCAGCGACAACACGGUCAAGCUCUGGGACCUGGGCACCUUCAGGAUGGACACUGUGCUGCAGGGCCACACGCGCUGGGUGUGGGACUGCGUGUUCUCCGUGGACGCGGCGUACCUGGUGACGGCGUCAUCGGACAGCACCGCGCGACUGUGGGACCUGGCCACCGGGCAGCCGAUCCGCACUUACAACGGCCACUCCAAGGCGCUGACGUGCUGCGCGCUGAACGACAGCGCGCUGAACGAGCCGGACUACUGA